UAGUCUAAUUUAGUUCGUUUAUUUUUGGUUUGAAAUCUAACUGUCUUCGACAAUGUCUUUAAAAGUAAGAGAUUUUCUUUAUUUAUAUAUAUUCAUAAAGAUUGUCAUAGAGCAGUUCUUCCUUUUUAGAUGUUGCUGCCUUAGUUUAAUUCAAUUUGUGAAGGUGAGGCUUGGAUAGUACUGCUAAGGUUUUACACUGAGUGUUUCGGGAUGAAGUUUUUGAGGAAAAGAGAUAUUCCGAAGGAGAAGUACUCCAACACCUUCCUUGGAUUUGGACUGGAGGAAACUAAUUUCUUCGUGGAGUUAACAUGCAAUUAUGGAGUACCUUUAUAUGAUAUUGGAACUGGUUUUGGGCAAUUUGCAAUUGCUACACCAGAUGUAUACAAAUUGGUCGAAGGCGUUUGUGCCAAUGGUGGCAAUAUCAUUAGGGAGCCUAGUCCUGUCAAAGGUGGAUCAAUUGUCAUUUCCUUCUUGAAGGAUCCUAAUGGUUACAUUUUUUAGCUUAUCCAAAGAGAAAAUACUCCUGAGCCACUUUGCCAGCUAAUGCUUCAUGUUGGUGAUCUAGAGCAUUCUAUCAAGAUUUAUGAGAAAGGGUAUAUACUUACUUCUAAGAUUGAUGGGAAAAUCCAAAUGAAGAGUUAUCUUAUAGGAAAUCCAGAGAUUCGACUUAAUCUUAACAAUGACUUAAGUAUAGGCAGAGAGGGAAGUUCAAUAUAUGGCUGCACCUAAUUCAUUUGCUAAGGCUGGGGCAUAGUUGAUUUUUUCUUUCUACGAAAGAUUCAUACAAAAGUUCGUUCAUCUCCUUUUCACUUUAAUUUUGUUAUGCAUUUAUCAAGUUUCUAAUUGCUUUUCUAUCUUUAGAUGACUAUGAAUUUCAGGUUCUUAAUGUAUUAGCCUAUAGGGUUUUGAGGUUAUGUAACUGAUGCAAAAGAUAGAAUUAAUUUUAACAUCUAUUUACUCUCUCCUUCUUCUUUUUUUCUGCCUUUGUUCUACCUAAUGUGCUCUGUUGCACUUAAUUUCUUUUUGUUGGAGAAUCUCAGGGAUGUGAUGUUGGUUUUAGAAUUGAUGGAUGCUAAUUACCUUGAAAUUUAACUUGUUAUCAUUUUUACA